AUUUCAUUCUCAAGAACAUCAGUAUGAGAGAAGAAUAAUGUAGAAAAGCAAAUGAUUAGUAAUUGACUAAUUUCCUCUUAAAUUGGACUAAUUUCCUCUUAAAUUGGAGAAUUGGACUAAAUUCUUGUUAAAUUGGAGUCAAUUAUUUUGACUACUCUAUUCAAAACGUGAUUCCUGUUUUCUCAAAUACAAAAUUCAACUAAUAAUUGUCCCUAAUCUCGUUGACUUGGAUUCAAAGUACUUAUGCUUUCUACUUAUACACACACUUUCUCUCUCCUCCAUUUUCACAGUGAAAAACUCCAUGGAUGUUGGAAGAAGAACAUUGACAAUGUUGUUGUUGUUGUUUCUGUUGCUUACGAUUCAUGUUGAUCAUGGAAUAUGUUUUUCUCUCUUCAGAAUUGGGGAUUCUCCUCGACAGUAUAUUAUGGGAGACCCAUUGUUGGUGAAAGUGGACAAGUUAACCUCUGCUGAUGCUGUGCUUCCUUAUGCAUACUAUUCUAUUCCUUUUUGUUGUCCAGAUGCAACAUUUGACACUGCUGGAUAUUUUGGUGAUUUUCUUGGGAAUCAACUUAAAGACUCUGCUUAUCAGUUCAAGAUGUUGGAACCGCUGAUGUGCAGAGUAGUCUGUCGUAUGACUCUUGAUGCACAAUCGGCAAAGUCUUUCCAAGAGAAAAUCCAUGAGAAUUACCAAUUUAACAUGUUCUUGGAUAGACUUCCUGUUGCUGUUCGUUAUCAACUACCAAGUGACGAAGCUGAUCAUAAUUAUCAGAUUGGAUCCAAUAUUGGGUUGAAGGGGAAUUAUGCUGGUGAGGAAGACUAUAAAUACUUCAUUUACAACCAUCUGGCUUUUACUGUCUUGUAUCACAAAGAUAAUGCUCGCACUGAAUCAGCAAACAUUGUGGGCUUUAUGGUCAAUCCUCUCAGUGUUAAGCAUGAAUAUGAAGGGAAAUGGAACGAGACGACUACUUUAACAACUUGCAAGACUCAUAUAGAGGAGACAUAUUUUUCAUCCGGUCCUCAAAUAGUUCGAGAUAAAGAAGAAAUUGUGUUUACUUAUGAUGUUAUCUUCCAGGAGAGCAACAUUACAUGGGCAUCUAGAUGGAAUGCCUAUCAUCAAACCCAGGCAGAUGAAUUGCAUUUCUAUGCAGCAAUCAACUAUUUAGUGACACUUGCUUUUUACUUGGGAGUACUGGCUAUUAUAAUGAUGCGUACAUAUCGUGACAUCUCUAAGUACAAUGAACCUGAUAUGCUGGAGGAAACAGGAUGGAAACUGGUACAUGGAGAUGUCUUCAGGCGUCCAAUUAACUCGGAUUUACUUUGCAUCUUUGCUGGAACUGGGGUGCAGUGCUUUGGAACUGUGAUCACAGCUGUGUCGGUCCUUUCUGUCUCAGGAUUUAUCUUGCCUUCAGACUGGUUUGCGUUCUGGAGAGUCAUUCUCGUUCUUUGGGCUUUAAUGGGCUAUUUUGCCGGCUACUCAUCAGCUCACCUUUACAAAAUGUUUGGAGGUACACAAUGGAGAAAGACUGCUGUCAAGACUGCAUUCAUGUUGCCUGGUCCAGUAGCUAUCAUUCUUUUCAUCUUAAAUUUUCUGACCUACAGUCAGAAAUCCUCAAGUCCUCUUCCUUUUCCGUCUGGACAAAUGUUUGCUCUAAUCCUCGUUUGGUUUGGCUUUUCAAUACCCCUUGUCUUCAUUGGCAGCUUCUUUGGGUUCAGAAUUAAAGCAAGCCAAGAUCCAGUAUUAACAAACAAAAUCCCGAGAGAGAUCCCUGAACAACCAUACUAUAAAAAGCCAAUCAUAUCCCUUCUUGCAGGAGGGAUUUUACCAUUUGUGGUUGUCUUCUACGAACUGUGGAACAUUUUGGUUUCUAUCUGGUUGCAUCAGCUUUAUUACAUUCAGAGCUUCCAGUUCCUUGCCUUUCUCACUCUGCUGGCUACUUGUGCUGGGACUACUAUCGUGCUCUGCUACUUUCAGCUCUGUCGCGAGGACUACAGGUGGUGGUGGACUUCGUUCUUAACAUCCGGCAUAUCAGGAGUUUACCUUUUCCUGUAUGCCACUUAUUUCUUUGCAAGCAUGUAUGUAACAAAGCCAGUUGCAAUGCUUCUCUAUUUUGGUUACAUGCUCAUUGGUUCUUUUGCUUUUUUCAUGCUAACUGGUACUGUUGGCUUUUAUGCAUGUUUAUGUUUUACUAGGUACAUGUACUCAUCCUUGAAGAUCGAUUGAUCUGUAAUAGUGGUGCCUUAGAAAAAUAUAAACUGCCUUUUUCAACUUGUAUCA